AUGUAAUAAACUUCUUCUUAUAAAGGUAUGAAUAGUUUUAUAACUAUAUCAAGUCAUCCUUGUUGGAGAUAGUAAAGUUGGAAAAUCAAGUUUCUUCAUUAGAGCCAUCAAAAACAUUACUCCUUAAUAACCAAAAUCUACAAUUGGAGUUGAAUAUGCCUCAAAAUAGAUUGUUUAUAAGGAGUAAUUAAUAACAUUGAAAAUCUGGGAUACAGGUAUGAUAUGAUUGAUUUAGCUGGAUCAGAAAAAUAUAAGUCUGUGACAUCAAAGUAUUAUUCCAACUAUUUAGUCAUUUUCGUUAAUCAUAAGGAGCCUUAUUGUUUUAUGAUCUAACUGAUCUAUACACUUAUGAAAAUAUAUAAAAUUGGCUUAAAGGUACUUGAUAAUCAAAAAUUAUCAAGAUAUACAUGGUUAUGCAGAUGAAUCCGUAGCUAUUGUAAUUGUUGGAAAUAAAUUGGAUCUUGUGAAUGAUGCUUAAAAUCUUCGUUGCAUUCCUUAAGAAAAAGUACAAUAGAUGUGCAAAGACUAAAAUUUACUAUAUGCAGAAAUUUCAACUAAAACUGGAGAAGGAAUAAAUGAAUUGAUUGAAUUAUUAGUUAAGAAUUUGCAGAUCAAUAAAAUUUAGAAUGUAUAACAAUAAGAAAGACCAAGGUAAAACUGUUGUUAUUGA